UCGCCCCAGCGCCACCAAUCCGGGCACAGGCGAACGUAAUCCAUUUUCGGGAGAGUCUAUGAUACAUUCCUUCCCGCGACACUCGACAUCUCUCUUUCGCAAACGCCAGUUUCUCCUUGCAUCACGCGAUACUCGGACGAUUCAACCGCCACAAUGUUUGCUCUCCGCUCCUCCGCCCCUCGAGUCCUCGGCAGGGUCUCUGCUGUCCGUCCCGCGACGAGCACCAUGCUCCAGCGCGGCAUGGCCACCGUCAACGACCCCCCAGCCGAGAAGGAACAGUCCAAGAUGAAGACCUUCUCGAUCUACCGCUGGAACCCCGAGAACCCCAGCGAGAAGCCUCGCAUGCAGUCGUACACCCUCGAUCUCAACAAGACCGGACCCAUGAUGCUCGAUGCGCUCAUCCGCAUCAAGAAUGAGUUGGACCCUACCUUGACCUUCCGAAGGAGUUGCCGAGAGGGUAUCUGCGGUAGCUGCGCGAUGAACAUCAACGGCCAGAACACCCUUGCGUGUCUCUGCCGCAUCCCUACCGAGUCCAAGGACGAUGUCAAGCUCUACCCUCUGCCGCACACCUACGUCGUCAAGGACCUUGUCCCUGACCUGACGCACUUUUACAAGCAAUACAAGUCCAUCAAGCCCUACCUGCAGCGCGACACGCCCUCGCCAGAUGGCAAGGAGUACCGCCAGACCAAGGAGGAUCGCAAGAAGCUGGACGGUCUCUACGAAUGCAUUCUCUGCGCCUGCUGCUCGACCUCAUGCCCCUCAUACUGGUGGAACUCGGAGGAGUACCUUGGUCCCGCCAUCCUCCUCCAGUCCUACCGCUGGCUCGCCGACUCGCGUGACGAGCGCACCGCCGAGCGCAAGACCAACCUCGAGAACUCCAUGUCUCUGUACCGCUGCCACACUAUCCUCAACUGCACUCGCACAUGCCCCAAGGGGUUGAACCCCGGCAAGGCGAUUGCCGAGAUCAAGAAGCAGAUGGCUCUCGGAGCAUGAGCACAUGAUGUUUAGACAUUGAGAAGGAGGGAGGCGUCACGGCGGCUGGCAUUGGUCAUCAAAAUAUUCUCGUUUGUUAGCCUUAUUGUGAUUUUAGCUACUUCUGUAGGAUUAUACCUAGCCUGCUCCAAACCAGAGAGAGCAAUUCACAUUCAUCAUCGUAU